AGCAAAUACUCCACUUCAUCGUACGGUUGGAGCACGGUCAGUAUCUGUGUUGCUGCCGGUCCGAAGUUGUGAAAGAAUUAUUUAACUUUUCCCUUAACUUCAAAAUGUUGCGACACUCCUUUCGCAACUUGGUAAUAAUCCCGAUCAUUUGCCUGGCAUUGGUAGCGAUUUCAUGCACCGGGAACGACGUUUUCGGCUGUGGUGGGUUCAUAAAAAAUGCAAACUCGGAUCUGGAUUUUCGCAAUGUGGAGGUUGGACUGUAUAAUCCACAGGGAAGUCUGAAAGUUAAAACAGACUGCUCUCCUUCGAAUGGAUACUACUUUAUUCCGCUGUACGACAAGGGGGAUUACGUUUUGAAGGUUAUUCCCCCGCCGGGAUGGAGUUUCGAACCCGAACAGGUCCAAGUCAAGUUCGACGGAGUGAGUGACGUUUGCAGUCAGGGGAAAGAUGUGAAUUUCAUCUUCAAGGGAUUUGGAAUCACCGGGAAGGUUGAAAUCUAUCAACACUCGGUUGGAGCGAAAGGUGUCCAGGUAGAGCUCAGAUCAGAAAGCAACACGAAGAUUGGACAAACCUUCACCGAUAACAACGGUAUUUUCUCCUUCACUCCGAUCAAAUCCGGAAAGUAUGUGAUAAAGGUUAAACAUGAUAAAUGGCAUUUUGUUAAACCGGAAUACUCGGUGACUGUGACAACGGGAAAUACAGAGAUUCCCACAAACUCACUGGUCGUCUCAGGAUUCGAUGUUGAAGGAAAUGUGCAGAGUGACGGUCAGCCAUUCGGCAAUGUAGGCUUUCUGUUAUACGCUGAGAAAAAUGCGAAACCGCUGGUAAAAUGCUCCAUGAGUGGAAAAAUGAAGACACCACUAGGAACUGAUCCAAAAUACAGCAGCGAACCCCUUUGCUAUGUAGAAGCGAACAAAGCCACUGGAUCGUUUAUUUUUGCCGGUGUAUCAUCCGGAAAAUAUCGCAUUGUUCCAAUUUUCAACAACAAGGCUAUCAAAUUCCACGUUCGGCCGGAAGCAAUAGAAUUCACUGUCGGAAAAGGCAGUCUGAAGUUGGCAGAUUACUUCGAAGUUACUGGUUUCAGUGUGAGUGGUAAAGUAUUACAGACCGCAGACGGACCCGGGGUUGUCAAUGCAAUGGUGAAACUAAAUGGAAGGGAAGUGGCAACGACGGCAUCAGGUGGCAGCUAUACUCUCGAUAAUAUUCAAGCCGGAACCUACACUGUUCAAGUGACCGCUGACCAGCUGCAGUUUAAGGAUCACAUAGUUAAAAUUUCCCUCAAUGAUCCGGUGCUUCCAGAUGUCGUUGUGUCGGGUUUCAAGGUUUGUGGCCAAGUGAUCUCAAAACAGUCCUACCGUGUGGUCAUUAUCAAAACUUCUUCCAACUUCCGUCUUGAGGUGACAACCAAUCCGAACGAGGAGGGCAUUUGGUGUGCGUAUCUUGAGCGGGGUCACUACACGGCACAUGUUAUAACAAGCGAGGCGGAACAUGCAGCCGGAGUGCAGUUUUUCCCACUGACCCAAACGAUUCACGUAGAUAAAUCACCGCAAGCUGGAGUAAUCUUUUCCCAGUUGCGGGCAACCGUCACCGGUGAAAUUCGUUGUUUGGCUGACGCCGGAAAGAGUUGUCCAAACGAUUUACCCAUCACGCUGAGUCCUGUGAACGCAAAUGGUAACGUGGUUGGACAUUCAACACGGGUGGAAGCCGUAGCUGGAAAGUAUUCCUUUACUAACAUUCUGCCUGGAAGCUACGAAGUCAGCGUACCAAAAUCAAAGCUUUGCUGGCAAGAGAAUGCAUUCAAGAUUAACGUGAAGACCGCCCAAGAAACUGUCCCAGCGUUUGUCCACAAUGGCUACAUGAUUUCCAUCGUGUCUAGCCACGGAACCACCAUGAAUUACAAGCUGCGCGCUGAAAAAGCUAAAUCUGAAGUAUUAUCAUUAAAACCGGACCUCAACACGUUCUGUGUUCCGAAUGCCGGAACGUACGACAUCGGCUUCAGUGGGUGUCACAAAUAUGAUGAGAAUGUGGUCAGAACCUUUAGUACUGCUGAUGCCGCUCCCAUGAGUGUGACGGCUCACAAACAUCGCAACACCGUUAAAAUACUAGCGGAAGACGCGUACACAUACAGCACAAAAGUUACCUUCGGAGAUUCAGUUGAAAAAAUCGACUUCAAACCAACGAGCGAUCGCGAGGAGGGUCUGCUCGUCUACAAACAUGAAUUCUACCUGGAACGAGGUGAAACACGCAAUCUGGAACCUGUGAGCGACAUCAUGCUGUUCAAUCCUACUUCGCUGGAAGUCACCGGUGGUUCCGAUUGCAGCGAGGUUCCAGUCAAAAUAUAUGCCACCAAGGGACUGUUGAUUAACGGAAAAACCAAUCCACCGAUUAAAGAUGCCAAAAUAACACUUCUGUUCCCGAAAAAUGUGGAACUUUCGUCCCUUGUUGCACUCACCAACGGUGAGGGUGCAUUCAAGUUUGGACCCAUCGAUUCGAGCUUGGCCGUGGAAUUGUCCGCCGAGAAAGAAUCAUACGUUUUCUCAGCUUUUGACAAAGCGACGAACACUUUCAAUGGCCACAAACUGUGCGAGAUUAUUGUUACCGUGAAAGACGACGCGGGGAAUCAGCUUUCAGGUGUAUUAUUGUCUCUCUCCGGGGCAGAAAGCUAUCGCAAGAAUUUGGUGACAGGUGAAGACGGCACCAUCAAAUUCCACUCACUCUCACCGAGCGAAUACUAUUUACGGGCGAUGAUGAAAGAAUACGAUUUCAAACCAAACUCAAAAUUAAUCGAAGUGAAAGAAGGCGCAACCGUUACCGAAGAGCUCCGAGCUACCCGCACCGCUUUCUCCAUUUUCGGUUUGAUAACUUCCCUCAAUGGCGAACCCUUCCCCAAUGUGGCUGUGGAAGCAUCGACCGACGAUCGUUGCGGUAAUCAUUUGGAGGAGGGUACCAGCGAAUUUAACGGCCAGUACCGAAUUCGUGGUCUCCAACCAGGCUGUCAGUAUCGUGUUCGCGUUCGCACCGAUGGGCCUUCUUCCAACGUUGAUCGCUCGAUUCCCAAAGAGAAGCUCAUCAACGUCGAGAAUGGAGACGUGCGAGACGUCAACAUAAUUGCCAUCAGUCCGUUGGCAUUCGUGGACGUUACUAUACGUGUGAUGGCAUCCGAAAAUGACCACUACAAAACGCUAAAGAUCUUCCUCUACAAGAGCGGAAGUGACUCUCCGGUUCACUCGCAACGAAUCGAAUCACCGCUGAAUCCGAAGAGCAAAUUCAAUCCCGGAAUAAUGGUGUUCUUCCCGCGCAUCCCAUUCGAUGGCAAAAGCUACUCCAUCGAGCUGACAUCAACCCUCUCGGAUAAGAACUAUCAGUACACAAUGCCGACCGUUCAAUUCACGGCCAACAGAAGCAGCAUCUUCGCCGAGCUGCACUUCCAACCGGAACUCCGAGCGGCCGAAAAUGAUCUCAACCAAAAUUCGCUGUCGGCCAUCGUGCUCAUCUUCAUCGUUGGAUUCAUUUUCUUCAAGCAGGAUCUGGCCCUGGAUCUGCUCGGAAUGGUUUGGAACAAGCUGGGCGCUGGCAUUGGAGAGCUAAUGACGAAAUCUAAACCCAGGGAGCAACGGUACGAACCUGUUGUUAUCGACGAGAAGGAAAUCGACAAAAUCGCUUCGAGUAUCAAUGCGAUAAAGAAGAAGAAGGUUAAGAAAGCUAACUAAGGAUAGUUGACUUUUUCGUUUUGGAAAAAUCUCAACUGUAGUCAUUCAGUGGUAGAAAGAAAGAUAAAUUCUGGUAGGCGAUGUAAAUCGUUUUCGUUUUAGCAGAAAUGAACGGGUUUAAAGAACAAAGUGGAAAAACGGGAUUACAAAGUGUGUAUUAAAUAAAGAAAAGGUGGUUCCAAUUAGCGGAAAAUUUA